CUGCAAAGAGGCGACACAAAGCAAGAAGACGGGACGAUGAUCCUGAAUUGACCUGUGGUAGCAGUCGGCGUUUGGUCUGCCUGGUUAUCACGAUCAUAUUGCCCUGAUGGAGCUGGCAAUCCGCCUUGAACAAAAUCCGUUUCACUUCUAUCGGCUCAACAUGGCGCUUACGGAGCCUCGUCAGACCUAUAAAGUACCUGACCUACCCCUGCGGCAGUCUACCCUCCCCCUUUCUCUUCACCCCCGCUCUCGCCUUUGGGUCUCUGUCUCUGUUCUUCCCCUCAGAGCACUCAAAACAGCUUGAAAACGCUGCAGCAGGAUGUUGCCCUUCGUCAUCCUCGCCGCUCUCUUGCCCGCUCUUGUUCUUGCUCAAGAUGGUAGUAUUUCAGGCCCGCAGAGCUCGUCGGAGGCUGCUGGGUAUUCUUGUGACUCGUCGCAGUGCCAGUUGCCUAACUGUAACUGUGCUAGCACAAGCCCCCCGGGCGGACUAUCGCCGUCGGACGUCCCCCAGUUCGUCGUCUUCACCGCCGACGAUGCCAUCCAAUCCUAUACUCUGGAUGCUGUCAAUCAAUUCCUCGCCCAUCGCCAGAACCCCAACGGUUGUCAGCCCAAGAUGACUUACUACACCUCCAUCAACUACACCAACUUCACCCUCGUGACGGACUGGUAUGUCGCUGGUAACGAGAUCGCGGACCAUACGAUGACCCAUGUCGGUACGCCUCCACAAGACGAACUUGACGGGAACCUCAUCGCUCUCAAUGCAUUCGCUGGCAUCCCGCUCUCGGCCAUCAAGGGUUUCCGGGCGCCUUACCUGAACUACACAGUUGAUACGCUGAAGAUGUUGGCGAACACGAGUUUCACGUACGAUUCUUCCGCUAGCGCGUCUCUACCUGUCACGGAAGAUGGCACGGACGCCUACUGGCCGUACACCCUGGAUAACGGGAUGGCGAACGACUGUCUGGCUGUUGACAAUAUGUGCAAGGGAGAGCCGAAAUUGCCUGGGUUCUGGGAGAUUCCGAUGUACGCUUUCUUCGAUGAUAGGGGAGAUGCGGGUGUGCAUUUGAUGGACCCUUGGCUGGAUGCCGCUAACGGGGCGAGCACCGUCAACGAUUCGGCCACAUUAGAGUAUAUGAAGAGCACCUUCACCGCUCAUUACAACGGGAAUCGCCAGCCUAUCGGUCUUUACACUCAUCCAAUUCAUCUUGCCACAAACUACCCUGGUGUCAGUGCGCCGACGAGUACCAUCAACAUGAUCAACUCGUUCCUCGACUGGGCCCAAUUGCAGGACAACGUCUGGAUUGUCUCUUCCGAGCAACUUCUCUCGUGGGUUCAGAACCCGACGAAGAUCUCGGAUUUGAACAACCUCGACGUCCUCAAGUGCUCUACUCCCCAAGUUAGCGACAAGAUCUGCAAUGGGAUGCCCACGAAUGAAGAGGGUCUUCUCAGUCAUUGUGCAUUCUCUGACUUCCCUUGGUACACUUGCUACGGUUGCCCGACUGACCAGCCUGCCCCCUCCAACCCGAACCCUCCUCAGGACACGUCGACCAGCCAAGCCCGUUUCCGACUUCCAGCCAACUGCUCGACUGCCUUCUGGGACCCUAUCAAGGGCGAAUGUCUUUGCACCUCGAGCAGUUGCGCUUUCGUGGACAACUCCAGGCCCAUCGGCCCCAACGGAGCCAACCUGACAGGCGGAGGCACUGGCACUGAGUAUAACUCGAGCUCGCAGGCUAGCAGCACCGACUACACUCCCUUCAACGGUAGCGGUGCACUCCCUACCUUGCCCAAAGGUGUUUGGCCUGCUGUUUUCGUGGGUGCCCUCGGGGCUGUGUUGGGCAUGGUGGGCAUCUUGGCGAAGAUGUAAGAUCGUCCAAGCGUUAGCUAUGUUGGAUGCGUCUGUACAUUCCUUGGAAGACCCUCGCUUCUUCGAAAGGGACUUCUCCAUGGACUUCUGUGUCAAUUGGUUCGAUGUGGAUAAUUUGUCGCGGUUCUUCGUUUUUAUUCUCCACUUGGUCUGGUUUGAACUCUUCGCUUUUACUCUAGUUAACGUUAUCUCGUCGUUCUUGUGUCUCAUCGGACUUUGCAUCCGCAUAUGGACUUCCCCCCUCACCUCUGUCCGCUGUACCAAUCAUACUUCACGUCGCACGUCGCAUACUUCCCUCAUGUCCGUAUGGGCACUCCCGCUCACUUCACGAUAAAAACCGUUAUUUCGACUCCUCACUCCUCACCUAGCACAGUCACCUCUUUAUACCACCUACCAACCUCCCUGGAUAUCCCACCACCCCCGCAGCACGUCGCGAAUUUAGGUUCAGUUGUGUACGCUUGAAUUUGUCGUUCGCUCGUUUGUGCCGUUACCCUACUUGGCUGUUAUGAACCCGGAUAAUGACUAUUGAU